UAUGAUGAAUAAAUUAUUAAUUAAACCAAGUCUUCUAAUUUAGCAGGAACUGCUAGAAAAUUAUAAAAUGUAUAUAAUAAUUGUUAGAUAUGCAAUCAAGGCGUUAGAUCAGAAGAUCCUCUUAUUUCUUGCUAAAAAUGUUAAAUAGUUAUUCAUUAAAAAUGUUAUGGCUUAGAAAAUGCACUUAACAAUUGGAUUUGUGAUGUUUGUUUAAAUUUUGGUAAUAAAGGGAAAUUUUUGAAAUGCCCUCUCUGUCCUAAAUUA